AAAAGAAGAUAAAAGGAAUUUCUGCUUCUGAUUCUUCAAUUCAUCUGGAAAUCAAAAAGUGAUAAAAACCCCUUCAUAUUAAAGUAUUUUCAGCAAUGGUGUCUCAACAAGACCAACCCCAAGUACCGCCUUCUCCAACACCCAAACCAGCCUCUUCAUGUCGAAAGAAGAAGUCUGAGGGAGCCAGUUUCGUUGCUGAUAUGAGGGAGCACGUUGAUGAAUUUUUUAGCGCUUCCAUGGAUGAACACAAAACCUGCUUCAAGAAGACCAUUGAGAAGAUGUUUGGGAUGUCAAAGAUUGUUGCAGAAAAGAACUCACUUAGUGUUAAAGAAGUUGAAAGCUCCCUUCCUCUUAAGACAACUGUUACCGAAUAGAAGUGGCAAGCUUUUGACAGAGGGAUAUGGCAUGAUAGGCUUAGGGAUUUUACAGGGUAAGCAAAACUGUUGCGCAA